AUGCUCCGAUGGGGUGCCGAUUUCGAAACUUCCAAGGAGCUCGAUCUUCAAACUCCGAAGCUAGACCUCCUCCACAAAUACCUCUGGCUGGCUGGACUCCCGCGCCCCGCCCGUACGCUGCACCGGCAGCGCCUCUUGGGACGGAUAAUUGUCAUCACCGAAAAUCCCGAUGAACAUCUAGUAUGGCACGAGACCUCGAUCUUUGUCAAGCCGCUGCCCGAAUACCUUCUGAGCCACGAUUUCUGGUCGACCAACCUCAAGAUUGCGCACGAGACUGGCCUUCUGCCCGACGACGUUGACUGGACCAUCUGGACGCUCCUCGCGCGAGACGUCAUCAGGAACCAGACGUGGCGCGUGGACGCCGACCAGCCGCGAUACACCUACGGCGAGCUCCGCCUGGUCGUGUUCGUGUACAUCACGGUCAUGCUCUCGGCGAUGCAGGUCGCGCUGGCGACGGACCGGUUCGAGGGUGCUGUGCAGUUCCAGCAGUUCGCGUAA